UUGUUUCGACCUGCUCCAACCUCAGCCUGUGGAAAGCUAAGUUUUGCCAAACAUUUUACUGAAAGCGGAUUUUACUUGAAAGCGACAACAAGUACUUCAUCUGUGGAUCGUUUGUACUUGUUUUUGUUUUUCAAGUUUGAAGAUGGCUCGCCGUGGACCCCGACUCAUCGACAGCCACCUGGACUUCGCUGCAGGGCGUCUUGACUAUGUGGUUGAACGCCCUGCAGAAGAAGGCCUUCCCGAAGUCAUCUGGAUCCUGGAUGACAGUCUCCAGAGCACCACCUCUUCUGGUGAAGCUCAGGACACUGAUACCCAGCGUAUCAGUGAAGGUGAGUAUGGUGAGUAUUUUUCCCCUCUCUCACCCUCCCCCUCUUCUGGUGAAGCACAGGACACUGAUACCCAGCGUAUCAGUGAAGGUGAGUAUGGUGAGUAUUUUUCCCCUCUCUCACCCUCCCCCUCUUCUGGUGAAGCACAGGACACUGAUACCCAGCGUAUCAGUGAAGGUGAGUAUGGUGAGUAUUUUUGCCCUCUCUCACGCUCCCCCUCUUUUCAUGAAGCACCAUAUGCUGAUGACGGUGAACAGGAAGGUGAGUACCCCCCCUAUCUACCUGUAGAUGAUGAAGAGGUGAGUGAAGACACUGACAAUUCAUCUGACUGGAACGACUCAGAAGAGUGGGGGGAUUGGUCUAGCGGUGAUUCGGGGUACGACACCAUGGAUGAGAGAGAUGAUUCCCCUCUCAUCCGGGAGCACCCUCCAGAGCCGUUUUGGCACAAUUGGCAACAUGCUAUUGCUCCAGGUGCUGCCCCCAUCGCCAUGCCGCCUUUUGGCCAGGCCAACGCCCCACUCUUCCCUCGAAUUGUUGCCCCAGUUGGUGAUCUGCCAGCUGCUCCUCCCUCUGCUGUUCCCUCUGCUGCUCCUUCCUCACCUGCUCUCUCAUCUGCUUCCUCUGCUGUUCCCUCUGCUGCUUCUUCCUCAGCUGCUCUCUCAUCUGCUUCCUCUGCUGUUCCCUCUGCUGCUUCUUCCUCAGCUGCUCUCUCAUCUGCUUCCUCUGCUGUUCCCUCUGCUGCUUCUUCCUCAGCUGCUCUCUCAUCUGCUUCCUCAGCUGCUCCCUCUGCUGCUCUCUCUGCUGCUCCUUCCUCAGAAAAGAGAAGCAGAGACGACAUCUGCACCGAAGAGGUAAGUGCAAAGAGGUGCAAGGUAAGUGACCAGUUUGAUGCCCCUUCAACAUCCUCAGGUAGUUUUGGAGUCAGACGUUUCUGGGAGAGGCCUUUUAACCUUUUGCUUGAUGACAGUGACUCUGAUUAG